CUUUGUUUCUCAAUACCAGAAUCAGUAAUUAAAUGAUUGUUAGUUGGAAUUAAGUGAAGUUAAGUUCCCCCAGUCUAGAGUCACAGUCCUAUGACAAAGAAGAUUAGGACCUCUUCUUUUUAAGAUAAGAUAAAUGGGGAUAAAUGAACAUGGUGUGGGAUAAAGGACGGGGUGUGCAACUGGCUGUUAGGCACAUCUGAAAAAGCAUGAGGGAAAUAGGACUUCAUUGUGGCAGCCUUCAUUCCUGGGAAGGUACUUUUAGAAAAUGAUGCCGGGCCAGGUGCUGAGUCUCCUUUAGAGCAAAAGGGGUAGAAGCAAAGGGGAACUGAAUAUUCCUGUCACAGUAAAGGCUCUGAGAAUGAAAUGCCUCUUGGAACGAGGUCCUUCUAGGCAGCCUCAAGUGGGAUGGGGAAUUAUCUGACAUGCCUGCUAUGGAAAAAAGUGCACUUUUAUUUUAUUCCUGGUAGAAAUCAGAGCUCAUGCUUCUUACUUCCAGGAAGGCAACGGUUACCUCACAACCCCACUCCCUAUGCAAAAUCCCUCACAGACAGGUCUAGUUUUAUGCUCGCUUUUGCUUAAGGGACUCUCUGAGGUAGGAGAGAGGAGAAAGCAGCUGGAGGAAGCCUGGCCCGAGGCUGCCCCCUUCCCCUCCGGCCCGUAGGGCCCAGCCCGGCCGCCAUUUCCUCGCAGGCGGCGCCGCGGGCACCAGAUUCUCUCCCCAACCCCCGCCGCGGCCGCCGUUUUCCCUCAGCCCCUCCCCGAGCCCCUUUCAUAGCAGCGCCCGCGCCGCGAUUGGCUCCUUCUCUUCAGCGGGGCGGGCCUUUCCCCUUCCCGCCCGCCAAUCGGCCGCCCUCUUCCCCUCGCGCCGCCGCUUCCGGUCGCGUGGCCGGCCGCGCCCAAUGGGAGGCCGGCGGGGGGGCGGGACGCCUCACCCUCACCGAGGCAACGGGGCGGCCGGGCGGUUCCGGGUGCGCGCGAGGCCGGCGGCGGCGGCGGCGGCGGGAUGAUUCCUCUCCAGAAUUUAUUUUUGAAUGGAAGCAUGCUCUUUUCCAGUAGAAGAUGGUGAUCCUAACGUACGAUCAUGGAGAAGGGGAUAAGUUCAAUAGAAGUGUUACCUUCCAAAUCAUCUCAGGUUACAGCUGUAAAAGUGGUGGUCAAAGAGCCCGAAACAAAGCAAACCCAAAGAGGGAAACGAGUGGGAUUUGUGCUUGUUCACGCAGGUGCAGGUUAUCAUUCUGAAUCCAAAGCUAAAGAGUAUAAGCAUGUGUGCAAAAGAGCUUGCCAGAAGGCAAUUGAAAAGCUACAGGCUGGCGCUCUUGCAACAGAUGCAGUGACUGCAGCACUUAUAGAAUUGGAGGAUUCUCCUUUUACAAAUGCAGGAAUGGGGUCUAACCUAAACCUUCUGGGUGAGAUAGAAUGUGAUGCCAGUAUAAUGGAUGGAAAGUCAUUAAAUUUUGGAGCUGUUGGAGCACUGAGUGGGAUCAAGAAUCCGGUUUCAGUUGCAAAUAGGUUGUUGUGUGAAGGGCAGAAGGGAAAACUCUCUGCUGGCAGAAUUCCACCUUGCUUUUUAGUUGGUGAAGGAGCUUACAGAUGGGCAGUUGAUCACGGGAUACCAGCAUGUCCUCCAGGUAUCAUGGCUACAAGGUUUAGUUUAGCAGCUUUUAAGAGGAACAAGAGGAAGCUGGAGUUGGCUGAAAAGGUGGAAACGGAUCUCAUUCAACUUAAGAAAAGAAGACAAUCAAAUGAAAAGGGCUCCAGAGUCAUGUGCAGCGCUUGUGGGAGACCCUCAAAGGCCAAUGAUGGUGGUAAAGGAGGUGAUCAAAUAGAGCUCUACUCACCGGAGAACGACUCAGGAACAUUGGAUACAGUUGGUGCAGUUGUUGUUGACCAAGAAGGGAAUGUUGCUGCUGCUGUCUCCAGUGGAGGUUUAGCACUAAAGCAUCCUGGAAGAGUCGGUCAGGCAGCUCUUUAUGGUUGUGGCUGCUGGGCUGAAAAUACAGGAGCUCAUACACCUUACUCCACUGCUGUGAGUACUUCAGGUUGUGGAGAGCACCUUGUCCGAACCAUACUGGCCAGAGAAUGUUCAUGUGCUUUGCAAACAGAAGAUGCCCACCAAGCUCUCCUAGAGACUAUGCAAAACAAGUUUAUUGGUUCACCUUUUCUAGCCAAUGAAGAUGGUGUACUCGGAGGUGUGAUAGUUCUUCGGUGUUGCAGAUGUUCAGCAGAGACUGAAUCGUCACAGGAAAAGCCAACUUUACUAGUGGAAUUUCUGUGGAGCCAUACAACAGAGAGCAUGUGUGUAGGAUAUAUGUCUGCACAGGAUGGCAAAGCUAAGACUCACAUUUCAAGACUUCCUCCUGGAGCUGUGGCAGGACAGUCUGUGGCAAUAGAAGGAGGGGUUUGCCGACUGGAGAGUCCAGAAAGCUAAACAGCUGAUUCCUCACUUCAUUGCAAAGAAUGUGAAUGACUUUUUGUACAAUAAGUUUUUUUGUGUUUUAACAGAUGUUGGAAAUUCUACUCUUGUUUUAUACCCCGUAUUGCAACCAUGUGCACCAUAACUUGAGACAAGUGCUGCUGUAGUUUAUGUUCUCACUCUGUGAAUGGGGGUGUGUGCAUGUUCAUUUUUUCCCUAAUAAAAUAGGAGCUCUUCCCAGUUGUACAAAGAUUAUGUAUGAUUAAUGAUUGUGUUUUCAUUGUUUUACGUUUGAAAAGUAUCUGAAAGUACAAAAAAAAUUAAUUUAAAGAUGUGGUCACAAUUGUCAUUCAUGUUCUAAAUUUAAAAGUAACAGGCCUUUGAAGUGGCUGUAUAAUUAUGCAAAAAUGAUUAUGGUUUCUAAGUUUCUUAGUGGUUUAAGGAAAUCCAGUGAUGGUUUAAACAUGGGUUGUUUUUUUCCUCCCCAAUAAGGAGGAUUUUUUUUGUCAAAGAGUGGUUUCAGUGAAACAAACUAAAGCAAAAUUAAGGCUAAAAUUGUUUUAAAUAAUCUUAUAGGUCAUAUCUCUGUUCCCAAACUAAGAUGUUAAUAGCUUCAAGCUGUAUGUAUUACAAAAAGCUAUAUAAAGAUAAUGUAUCGUAAUGCAGUCUUUAUGUAUAAUGGAAUAUUACAAUGUAAAUAAGAAAAAAGACUUUAUGGAAAGAUUCAAUAUUAUUCUUCGCUUCUGUUUAAAUCUAUUUUUGAGAGAGGUACAGAAAUGAACAUAUUACUGGAUGCGAAGUGCAAUGUGUAUUGAAUGGAUGUUGGGAGGUCUGAUACUAGCUUUCUUAUAGAUAAAGCAACUUCCUGAAGUCCAGCCACAGCAUGGGUAUUUAUAUAACUGUGUGUAAUAUGUAUGUACUGUGCAUAAAUUUACUGUAAUUCUUUUUUAUACCUUCAACAAAACUGCAGUAUAAAACAAUGUAAUCCUUGUCUGCCUCGUGAAGCAUUGGCAGCUGAACUGUCUUUUGUCACCAGUUCUGAUACGUUAGCCAGACGCCUGAGUCCUAAAAGUGAGUUCUGACAUACAAUCUUCCAUUCAGUACUUUUUUCUUCACAGCACUGGCAGCAAUAGAAGACUUUUGUAGUUAAUUCAUUGUCCUGAUAAGUAUGCCAAAGAGAAACUAAAUUAGUUCAUCUUUUUCCCUGGUGGAUAUUUGGUAAUUCUGUUUUCAGAAAUAGUGGAUGAAUAGAUAUUCAGACUGUAUUUGCUUGAUCGGGCAUUGUACUUGCCUCUUUUGUAAAGUUGUGCCUGCCUAUAACAGACAUACUUGACUGAUUAAAUGGUUACAUUGAUUGUAGUACCAAUCUUUCAUGGAUAAAAAUCUUAAUAAAUUUUUUUUAAUA